CUGCCUUUCAAACACAAUACGGAAGAAUACAAGGAAGUAAAAAAACGAUGGUUCGUGAUAACGAAGAAUAGACAUGCGUUGAAAGAACCGCUCCGAAAUUCCACUGCUUACAUAUAUUACCAGAAUGUCAACCAAUGAGAGGGACGAGACAAAUGACUCUCAAGCAGGACCGGCCCGUAACGCCUCAGAGGGCAACAUCAGGAGAGAGGGCGACUCUGACAACAACCAUCACAGAGGCGUUACAGAAGGCCCGCCUCAACCUAGCGAUGACACAUCCAUUGUAACAGAUACAAGUACUGUUGCAGAUAAGAACUUGGCUCUGCUCAAAGCCCACUCCUUAGAUGUGAAGUUUGAAGUUGGCGAAGAAUAUGACGUUAUUGAGACCAUUGGGACAGGUGCUUAUGGUGUGGUCUCAUCAGCCCGAAGAAGAGACAAUGGCCAGCAGGUGGCAAUAAAGAAGAUCCCUAAUGCCUUUGAGGUUGUGACGAAUGCCAAACGCACGUUGAGAGAGCUGAAGAUCCUGAAACACUUCAAACACGACAACAUCAUCGCCAUUAAAGAUAUUCUCCAGCCUGUGCUCCCUCACUCGGCUUUCAAAUCAGUGUACGUGGUUCUUGACCUCAUGGAGAGCGACCUGCAUCAGAUUAUCCACUCCCGGCAACCUCUGACUCCAGAACACACACGCUACUUCCUGUAUCAGCUGUUAAGAGGCCUGAAAUACAUUCAUUCGGCCAACGUCAUUCACCGCGACCUCAAGCCGUCCAACCUGCUGGUCAAUGAAAACUGCGAGCUGAAGAUCGGGGACUUCGGCAUGGCACGUGGAUUGAGCGCGUCCCACUCCGAAGAGUCACGUUCCUUCAUGACCGAGUACGUGGCCACCCGCUGGUACCGCGCUCCUGAGCUCAUGUUGUCUCUUUACCACUACAGCUUGGCCAUCGACCUCUGGUCUGUGGGCUGCAUCUUCGGCGAGAUGCUCGGCAGGAGGCAGAUGUUUCCGGGGAAGAACUAUGUGCAUCAGCUGCAGCUGAUUCUUUCGGUUUUGGGCACGCCGCCCGAGAGCAUCAUCGGCUCGAUAGGGUCGGACCGGGUGCGCUGUUAUGUGAGGAGCCUCCCUUUAAAAGCGGCAGAACCGCUCGCAGCACUGUAUCCACAGGCUGAGCCCAAUGCGCUGGACUUGUUGGCCGCGAUGCUCCGCUUUGACCCUCGUGAACGGGUCAGUGCGUGUCAGGCACUAGAACACCCCUACCUCAAUAAGUACCACGACUCGGACGACGAGCCGGUGUGCGUUCCCGCCUUCGAUUUUGAGUUCGACCGGCAGUCCAUGGGCAAAGAACAAAUCAAAGAAGCUAUACUAACAGAAAUCGGGGACUUCCAUAAGAAGAAGCAGGGUGUCAGAAAGAAGAUCCAGUUCAAACCGCUCCAUUCUUCAGGUUCGGCGGUGGGCGGCGUCUCCGGUAACGCGCUUUGCACGGCUCCACAGACUCAAAACCUGACUGAUACAGCACAAACGUGCCGACAGCACAAUCUCAACUACAAACCGGCAGACGGUACACAAACUCGAGCGAAUGCGAACUCGUUUCAAGCCCGACAUCAUCUCGCCCAGAUUUUCCCACAUUUGGCUCAGUCGGUGAGCUGCCAGGAUGUGGACAUGCUCAGCGCCAACUCCGACGGCCAGCCUGAAACCAUCGAUCUGACCACUCCCACAGACAAGGACACUUUUACUGAACCAGUCACGGACUGCACAAAGGACGAGCUUGUCUCGUCCAAUCACUCUCUUCCCAAACAAAUGGUUCCGCCCCAUCCCAUCUCUCAGACUCCGCCCACUUCAAGUCUUCCGCAGUCUAUCCCUUCACUCUCUCUCACACAGUCCCAAGCUCAGUCGCUCUCUCAAAGCCUCACUCGUUCGCUUGGAAAAGGAGGGAAAGCGACAACCGGGGAAGGCACAAAAAAAGAGGGAGCAAUUUCAGAAGACACAAAAGCAGCUCUCAAAGCUGCCCUGCUCAAAUCAGCGCUGAGGCAGAAGGCUCGAGAUGGAGGCUCUGCAGCUCUUGGUCUAGAUUUACUCAGAGAAGCUGCUGGUAGUUUAUCCUCGUCGCUCUCCUCCUCUAACUCUGGUCCGGAGCAUAAGAGGCCAGUCACGGCCCAGGAGAGACAGCGAGAGAGGGAAGAGAAGCGGAAGAAGAGGCAGGAGCGUGCCAUGGAGCGAAAGAGGAAGCUGAAAGAGAAGGAGAAAAAGGAGGGGAAACGAGGAGAAUCUUUAGGCGGCGUUUUGCUCAGCGACAACGACAAGAGGCUGCUGGAGCGCUGGGGGCGAAUGAUGGACACCCGAGGGGACAAAUCGCAGACCGCAGAAACCAACGGUGCCAAGACCAAUGAGAGUAAGACAGUCCAAAUCCAGCCAGCAACAGGAAGCAACCUCGUAAAAACAAACUCGGAAUCAGUGCCGCCAAAACAACCCAACGAAGUGCCACAAAUGCUGCCUCAAAUGGGACAGUGUGUCACAGCUGGAUUAUUCCAUCCAACUUCGACCCAUAAUGCAGCACCCGUCUCUUUAGCUCCGUCUCAGAAUGGGGACGUUGGUUUAGUUGCAGUAGGAGGAGGCGGAAGUGUUGGAGGUUUGGGUGUGGUAACGGGCCCGUGCGCCUUUGCCAAAAGCAACAUAUUAAAAUCUCAGUUUCUGAGUGUUGGAACAAUGUUCACUGGUCUUGAGAACUGGACGGGAACAUCUCCACACAAAACCCAGCAACCUCCACUAGAACUGAACAACCCCGCUCACACGGGCUUCACGCACUUGCAAACCCAGCCGAAGCCCGUCCCACAGCCCAACGCUCACAUCCAGCUGCUGCCGCUGGAACCCUUCAUGACGAAACCACCAGCCUUGAACCCCAGCAUUGGCGUUUCGGACACCAGCACGAAUCCAGAGCCCCGCGAUGGUCCUCAAGCCCUGGACAAACUUUGCGUUCUGGGGAACAGACAGGACGGCUCUCAUUCACAGGGCCCUUCAAAACAGCCUCCAGGAGCCGCAGCUCAACCCUGCCUUAGUCUCACUGACACGGGACAGUCGACAAACGGCAUCCCUGAUAUCCACACAGUCACACAGCAGCUCUCAAAGUCACAGGUUGAAGACAUUUUGCCACCGGUUUUCUCAGUGACCCCUAAAGGCAGUGGAGCUGGAUACGGCGUAGGCUUUGACCUCGAUGACCUCCUCGCUCAGUCCCUUACCGAACUCCAGCACUCUGACCUCAGGGAAAGUCACAAUGACUUGGCCCCCCUGUCUGCAUCCCUGCUCUCUGAUUGGCUCGAGGUGCACCGCAUGACCCCUGCUGACAUGGAGUCACUUCAGCAGGAGCUCCAGCUCGGAUCUCCCAUGAUCCUCUCCGACAACUCAACGCUUCCUGAUACCUGAUCAGCACCUGCACUCCUUCUCCAUCCCCUUGUAGAACCGGUUGAGGACCGUACACAGAGGAGUUUGAUAGCUGUAUUGUCUACCAGUGUACUAGACCUAGAGUCAGUAGAGGGAAUAUCUUUGAGGCUCCAAAUUAUUAAGGCCUUACCCAGAAAAGUGCCUUUAUCUUGAAUGGGUUCACAUACAUUAUUUAUUUGUGCCAACAUUAAAGUAUGAUGCCGUUCGGUUAUUAAGGGGGUUUCCAUGCUUGGAAUUUCAGUGCCAUCAUAAAGCAAUUCAGAUCAAGGGAAGAAGAGUUCACUUCAGCUGUGCUAGUGCCAUUGAUUCACCAGCUGGUUUUAUAGAAUAUUCAAGCCAAUAGCAAUGAAACAGCAGCUGUUUAGAAGACCACCAGAGUUUAAAGCUAUUUUCUAGUACACUACAGUAGGAGUCGCCUCCAGGGCAGCAGUAUUACGAUGAUGAAACACAAUAAGGGAAGCAGAGCACAUUGGCAUUAUUACUGGACACUAGGAAGUAGUGCAGAGUAGAAAAACAUUUCAUUUGAUGUUGCAUGAAUGUCUUGUAGAAAAUAGUGACACUUGCUGCACCAACAUGCAGAUUUGCUCAGUUUUACACCAGCAACGAAAAAAGUAUUGUUGUCUUGAAUAAAGCUAUCAAAGGGA